CCCCUUGUGUUCCUGGCACAGAUGCACAACCACAAUCAGUGCCUGAUGCGCUGGGCUCUGUUGGUUCAGGUUUAUAACAUACGUGCAGGUCACAAAAAAAGGGGGCUGACAAUGUAGUGGCAGAUGCACUGUCUUGUGGGAGCAAGGAGCAAACAGAGAGCUUCAUCACUGUCUGAGGUGAGAGCGAGCAUUUGUUCACAGGGGCAAAACAUUCCGCCGAAGCUGGAUGGAAGUAAGGCAAUAAAUAGCCCAUUUGUCAAUCCUGAUGUCACUUUUUGUAAAUCUUUGCAUCCCUGUGUUGAUGUGAUCUUACCUUUUCUCUUGGUUCUCUCUGUGUUGAGAACAAUUCUGAAAAAAUGGGCCUGCAGGGGAAGGUCGAGCCCCAGCAGGCCAAAAAGAAGUGGGACGAAUAAAGAAAAAGUACAAUGUAGGUGCAGGUUUGAAAGAUGAACUGGAAACUAAAUUAUAUUUGUUUUACCCAUGCAAGUUAAUAAAUAAUUUUCUGAAAAUUGUGAUUGAUUUCCACUGCCUUAGGAUUGCAAGCCUGAGAAGACACUCCCAGUUUCUUGUGUUUAAAAGAGGAUGUUCAAUGCUUUGAACCGCGGGUCAAUUUGUUUUUUCACAGGUUUUGUCUGUGUCUGAUUGUCUUCUUUUUUUGCUGACAAAUAAAGUCCCACUGAGCUCAGCCUUGAAGACUCCUGGUGAUUUUUUUUGAUAUUUGAAAUCUUUUGGACCAACUGAGAAAAGUUAAGUUGAUUUACGACCCCCAACAACUCCAUGCAAUAGCCUCAGAAAGAGCUAAAUAACAGUAUAAUAAUAUUUAAUAAUUGUAAAAAUGGUUGCACAUGCAAACAUAAAUUGCAACUUUAUGCCACAUUUAGCAACAAAUCACAUUUAAAAACGUGUGAAUUUUUUCAUGUUCAAUUAUGUAUUUUAUUGUAUAAUGAAAGGUAAUGGGAACACUUUCCAGCACGUAUUAGCAGCUUGGCCCUCAAGGGCAUCCUGACACAAAUCGUUGUACAAGAACUGUAUAAAGUUCAGUGGAGGUGUUUGUCUUGCUCAGUUGGGAGGGCAGCGGCAUUCACCCGGAGACCUUCUUAUCUAAGAAACACCAGCAAUCUUAUAUCAUGAGUGUAAAAAGGUAAUUUUCAUUGUCAUAUACUGUUCACAUAUGGUUUGUUAAAUGUUCUUUGUCUCCUUGAGCCUACAUUUUGAAAUUAUGUUAUAGGUGACUGAAGAGACAUUUAUCAAAUGGGAUGAAAAGAAGAAAUCAGACUCCAACGGAAACUGUUAAGCAUUUUAACAUAAUCCAGUAACUAAUUAAAUGAUGUUAUAAUUCUUAAUGACUAUAAUUCAUUUAAAUUUGUUCAUUUUGACCAGAAAGGCGGAGUAAAGUGUUGUGGUGUUGCACUCAGUAUCGAGACAUUUAGUUCCAUUGUUGGAAAAAAUACUUAGACAAACUCUAACUAAAUUAUGGAACUACAAUUCAAACUGAUGAGAUUUCUCUGGGAUUCUAUAUUUCUGUACUCUGGACAAACAACCAAGAAAAGCAUGUGAAUGUGAUCCCGAACACCAAGAUUAAAAGAAAAUAAUGUAUAUGCAGGGUUAAUCGUUGGCUGAGGCAUUAUUCAAAAGGAUAAAAGACUAUUACUCAGUUUUGUUGCUAAUCUCACCGUGUGGCACCCACAUUACACAAGACAGAAAUGAAGAACUCAACUGAGGUUUUGUCUUUUGUGCUAGCAGCCUAUGGUAAUAUUGGAGAAUUAAAAUACCUGUAUUUCUGCAUAAUGCUGUUAUGGUACCUCUCCAUAUGUGUCGCCAACACAGCUGUUAUCAUGGUCAUAUUUAUGGACACAACGUUACAUGAACCGAUGUAUAUUUUACUGUGUAAUUUGCUUGCAAAUGAAAUUGGUGUCAGCACAGCACUGUAUCCUUUUAUAAUGUCACAGAUGUUUUCAGACACCCAUGAAGUGACCCUGCCGUGGUGUUUUCUGCAGAUUUGUUGUCUUACCACAUCUGCUUCUAUUGAGUUUUGUAGUUUAGCAGCCAUGGCCUAUGACAGAUAUGUUGCCAUCUGUUGUCCUUUACACUACAAUGUCAUAAUGAACGCAAGACGAGUAGGUACCAUCACUGUUGUUGUAUGGAUGUAUUCAUUUGUUAAUAGUUUGUUCUCAUUUUCUUUUGUCAUUCGUUUGAAAUUUUGUGGAAAUGUCAUUGACAAGUUGUUUUGUGACCAGCACUUAACAAUUAAACUUGCCUGUUCAGUUUCAGUACUCAGCAAAGUAUCUAACCGGCUUUAUCCCUUUGUGACUAUUGUUAUGCCAUUUAGUCUCAUUUCAGUCUCUUACGUGAAGAUUUUGGUCGUUUGUCGGAACACCUCUGAAGAAAGCAGGCAAAAAGCUGUCACCACCUGCACACCUCAGAUUGUUUCAAUUUCAAUUUUGUUUAUUGGCCUUAUUUUCCAUAUUUCUGUUGCCAGGUUUGAUGUGGCUCUUGUGUCAGAUAAAGCACACAUUUUCCUGACACUGUGUUUUCUCAUCUACCAACCUAUGCUCACCCCCAUUAUGUAUGGAUUUAAACUACCAAAGAUAAAACAUUCAUUGAAAAGAUUUCUGUUCAACAGAAAAUAAAUAUUCUUCUUCAUGUUGCAAGAGUCUGUUUAGAUUUGUAUCUCUGCUUUGUGGGAAAGUGACAUCAUAUGUGUGGAUAGAGUGAGAGCUGACAGUCAUUACAGGGCUAGGAGUACAUUGGUCAUAUGCUGAGUUCAGUUUCACACCAUUCUUUCUUUGCCUUCAUAUUUGGUAAAGGGUAGUUUCAACAUCAUGUUACAAGGAGUUUAGAUUGAUCAGGGCUAUGCUGUGCUGCGGCAUAUUUCCUCGACUUAUCAGGUGGUCUCACUUCCUCAGGCACAAACCUCCACAUGUGCUUCUUUGCUGUCCUGUCUUGGGCUGAGUGGACAUGCUAGGGACACGUCCUUACCAUCCAUGUACGAAACUUCACUUUUGCUGCUAAUGAAGUGAUGCAGUGAUCAAAACUGCACACACAUUCACUUAUCACAACCAUCACAUAGUCUGGAAAGCAAAGGACUGUGUGCAGAUUUUUACCAUCAGCAACUUUUUUUUUUUUAUUAAGAUACAUCAAUUUAUUUCCGUGUUGGUUCAUUCACUGAGGAAAUCAGCAGAGUUAGGCCUACAAAAUUUUGACUCUACAUUCAGUUUGAUGUCACAUGUAAACAGGAUCAUGCCACACAUAGAUUCAUUAUACUUACAAAGUUUAAAGUAUUCAAGUUGACAUGGAGGGUAAUAUCUGUUGGUGUGAUAUGAAUGAAAACCUAUUCCCCAUGUUAAUGACAGAAAGAUGUAUUUUUAUUUUAUGAUGAAAAGAAAUAGGAAAAGUUUUUGGCUCGUAUUAGCAGCUUGGCCCCGAGGGCACCCUGACACAAAUCGUUGUGCAAGAACUGUAUAAAGUUCAGUGGAGAUGUUUGUCUUGUUCAUUUAGGACAGCAGCAGCAUCAGCCUAGAGACCUUCAUAUCUAAGAGACACCAGCAAUCUUAUAACAUGUGUGUAAAAUGGUAGUUUUCAUUUAUAUUAACAUAAAUGCUUGCUUAAUCUUAUUCUUUGUCUACUUAUGCCCUCAAUUUGAACUUGUGUUAUAGGCAACUGAAAAGACAAAGGCCUAUAUCAAAUAUGAUAUCAAAUGGGAUGAAAAGAAAUCAGAUUCCAACAGGAACUUUUAAUAUAUUUUCUAAGCCUUUUGAAAGCUCUAAUUAUAAUUCAACAAACUAAGUGAUGUUAUAAUUCUUAAUCACAAUAACCCAAAACCCAUACU